CAUAGCAAGUGCUUAAGAAUUCACUGUUAAAUAAUAGUCUAGAACCAUCAACAUUGUAUACCUCUUUAUUUCACAAACCAUUAUCAAGGAAGCAUCAUGGCCAAAAACUAUGGCUUCCUUAUUUGCAUACUUGUCAUGGUGAUGGAUAUUAUUGCAGGCAUACUAGGAAUUCAAGCAGAAACAGCUCAAAACAAGGAGAAACCAAUGAAGAUAUGGCUAUUUGAUUGUAGAUAUCCUAGCCAUCAAGCAUUUAAACUAGGAGUUGCAGCUAUUAUUCUCUUGCUUCUUGCUCACGCAAUUGCUAACUUACUUGGAGGUUGCAUUUGUAUUUGGUCUAGAGAUCAAUACAGAUCAGCUACAGCUAAUAGGCAAUUGGCAGUGGCUUUUCAAAUCUUCUCUUGGAUUGUGUUAGCAGUUGCAUUCUCUAUGCUGAUUAUAGGCACAUUAGCAAACGCAAGGUCAAGAAAAUAUUGUGGAAUAUUUAAUCACAGGUUUCUAUUCAUAGGUGGCAUUUUGUGUUUCAUACAUGGAUUGUUCACUCUUCCUUAUUAUGUUUCUAUCACCGCCAUGAGAAGGGAAGAAAAGAGGCAACAGACACUGGGACCCGCCGUAAUACGCACUUAAUUUAAUCAUCACAUUUUCGCCAAAACGUUGGUUUUAAACUUCAUCUUCUCCAAUGUCGAAGUUGUCAAGCAUUGCUUCUAUUGGAACAAUUGGGUCGGUAAUCCGUAGAAGCAAGAUGAGGGAGUGUUUUUGCGAAAAAGAAAGUGUCAUUCGUACUGUGGGUGACAAAAACAAUGUAAAUUUUGGGGGGAAAUUUGGGGGUUGUAGAAAUUACAGAAAUCAUAUGCAUAAGGGAUGCAAUUAUUUCAAAUGGUUAGAUGACGAUAUUAUUGAUGAAAGGGAUCUGAAGAUUCAAAGGAAAAAGAAGAAAGUGUACAAAUUGAAGAAUGAAAUCAGUCAGACUAGAGGAUUGUUGAAAGUGUCCAUUAUGGUUG